UGACGUAGGGACGUGCUUGGAGCGACACAGCUCAGACAAACUAGCUAUUAUUCGAUAGUCUCUCCGGUUAUUAUUGGCAAUAAAUUGUUUUUCCAUCUCUUUAUGAUACUUUUACACACUCCCAACGUUGGCGAAGGAUAUUGACGGUAGUCAACUUGUUUUGUGAAAAGUAACGCGAGUUGUUGUGUUGUUUAGGAGAGUUUGGUUUGUAGGACAUGUUGCUAUCCAUUGUUUUAGAGCACUAGCUGUCUUCGUUCACUAGAAUAGUGUGUCUCUCUGCCAUGGCCGAGGCGAGGAGACUGGAGGACGAAGACCAGGACACUUUGACAGGGGAACCGAGGGAACCUGUCGUAAGACGACAACCUAGAACGGCCAACUCAUCUGGAGAGCGCUCAGAGAGGCACAAAGAACAAAGACUCAGCCAAGGACCUCUGUCCUCAAUCAGGGCCGCCAUUAAGAGGACGUCGUCUAGACCCACUUCCCUGAGCGAGAGUACUCCCAGAGACCGGAGGCGUCCAGAGAUCACCAUCCUUUCAGCAGAGCCGCUGGUGUCUAACACCUGGUUCCCCGGGGCUUCUGGGGGAUUCCCUCCGCCCCCUCCUCCCGCCGCUCAGAUCUGGGGCAGCAGUAUACCUCCAACUAUACAGCCUCCCCCGUCCUAUGAUGAGGUGAUUAGAGAGAAGAGACAGGAACAGGUUCAAGGGUUGCCUCCCUCCUCCUCUUCCUCAUCAUCCCUACGCUCCGUCUCCACGACUACCAUCGCCACGCAGACUGACACCGGACCUGAAUCCUCAGUUCCAACCCACAGUCACGCCCCAGUCCAGAGAGGCUCAGUGGCCAGGAGAGCUCCAAAGCCUCCCAGACCUUCUUAUCCCUUUAUAUCCAAACCGUCGCACGCUGAUGACACGACUUCGCACGCUGAUGACACAACGUCGCACGGUGAUGACACGACGUGGGCUGCUACUGCUACUGUCGACUCUCUGCUCUUCCUAGAAGACAGUCCAGCACUACACACACACACUCCGACCAGCAGACACACCGAGGACACCAGACCAGCAGCGUUUCACAGCGAUCUCUUGACCUCUGAUCCUUUCUCACCUCUGACCUCUGCCUCUGGCAGCCAGACCGACCAUUGGGUGCAGUCCUCCUUGGUCCCGCCACCUCAUUCAACUGUUGCCUUGACAACUCCCUCCGCCCCUCCUCUGCUCCAUAACCAUCCCAGGCCACACCCUCGCACAAAGAAUAGCCUUCGACCAAUCAGGCGAGAGGUCAAGGUUCAGACCCUGGUGAGGCUGGGACAGACUGGAAGUGAGGUCACAGAGAACCAGGAUUUGAGUCAUCAGGAGGGGAAAUACCUUCAGGAGCUCCUGGACGCUUUCAGCUCUGAUGAUUGGGGCUUCCCUGAUCACCAUAGCAACGACAACGGAGAGAGCGACUCGGGAGGAGAAGAGGAGGAGGAAGACAUGGGUACUCUGAGAGCCAGGAUACAAGCCUUCGAGCUGCAGCAACAGGUAGAGGACCACGGUAACCGUACAGAUGAUAGCCAUGGAGACAACGGAGCGUUGCUAGGGCGGGGAAGACCUGAACCCCAUCACAGAGUCCAGGCCCCGCCCAAACCGGCCCCUCCCGUCGCCCCCAAACCCUCCUCCUGCAAAGGACUCUGGCAAGGGGGAGGCUCGGUGGCGAUGGCCGUGAACUUGACUGUUGAUACAACCACCGCCCAGCCCAAACCCAGUGAGACCACCUCAAGUGCCCCCGUCCUUGCUCCUGUCUCUACCCUUAACCCUAUUGUCCCAGUCCCUGCACCCCGACCCCUGCUCCCUAGAAAGCCCCCCUCUGAACCCCUAAGACCAGACCGCCAGGCGGGGCAGACAGAGGGGACCCCCGCAAUCCCCUGUCCUCCUCCAAGACCUCCAGUAGCACCCAGGACUAAACCCUCCGCAGACCUCCACAGCACCAACACUAAACCCUCCGCAGACCUCCACAGCACCAACACUAAACCCUCCGCAGACCUCCACAGCACCAACACUAAACCCUCCGCAGACCUCCACAGCACCAACACUAAACCCUCCGCAGACCUCCACAGCACCAACACUAAACCCUCUGCAGACCUCCACAGCACCAACACUAAACCCUCCGCAGACCUCCACAGCACCAACACUAAACCCUGUGUUGCUCGGAAGCCCACUGCCAUGACGUCAUCCGGUAGAGCGAGUGCCGUCCCAGAGAACAGGAGACCUUCUCUGGCCUCCAAACCCUCCAUCCAGACCUCAACCUCAGCUCCAGUCGCAGCCCCAGUCCAGGCUACACCCCCGACCUUAGCCCCAGCUCCAGCCCCAGUGAGGUCUACUCCCCCAGCCUUACCUCCAGCUCCAGCCCAAAGGAAAACCCCACCGGUCUCCACAGAGUCUGAACCUCGAACCCAGGGAGGGGUUAAGAUGCUCCCCCUCCGCCCCCCUCCCAUAAAGACUGUUCCUGGUCGACCCCCACCUCCCCAGGCUGUCUCUGCCUCGUCCAUCACAUUAGCCAAUCAGCCCCCUGCCCAGGCUGUCUCCGCCCCCUCUACUAUAUCAUCCAAUCAGCCAUCCCCUCCCCAGGAUGUCCCCGCCCCCUCCAAUCAGCCGCAGGAUCAGAGGGCACCAAAGAGAGGCCCCCCUCUACCCCCCCGACCCAAGCCUGGACAUCCCCUGUACAAGAGCUACAUGAAACAGGACGUCCUGGUUCUGUUGGAGAAGACAGACUCCGCCCACAAAGAUUGUCUCCUGGGGGAGGAGUCAGGUCGGGUACAAGGGUCACACAUGACUGUCAUCACCCCUCUGUCUGACCAAUCACAGCCUCCCAGUGACCAACACAACCAAUUCGAUCCCGCCUCGGACGACAACAGCCAAUUGAAAACUCCCUCUGAAUACAAGAGCCAAUCAGAACCUCCGUCCAUCCUCCCAUCUCAGCCCCGUGUAGAGAAGGCCCAACCGGUCACAGCACCUGUCAGUGGUCCCAGGUGUGUGGCGCGGUUCGACUACGAGGGGGAGGAGGAAGACGAGCUGACAUUCUCCGAGGGUGAUGUCAUCGCUCUGACGGAUGUGAUUGAUCAGGAGUGGGGGCGGGGUCAGAUCCACGGGCGAAUAGGAAUCUUCCCCCUGGCCUUCACCGAGAUCCUGGAGGAACCACCCCCGUCGGCAGGGUUACACGACCUUGUCGAGACGACCACGAAGACAGCUGAAUCCUCAGAAGGUGCAGAACAGUGGGCUGUGGCUCUGCAUGAUUUCCCAGGUCAGACUGCAGAGGACCUGUGGUUCCAGCAGGGGGCGCUGAUCAGAGUAACACGGCGCGUAGACGCCGACUGGACCAGAGGAACACUGGACGGACGGGAGGGACUGUUCCCCACUACCUUCACACACACCUGUAACACAGGUGACACACAGACUCAGCCAAUGACGGGCCAGCCUGUGGCCAGGGGCGUGGCCAAGGUCCUGUUUGAUUUCAGUGCAGAGAGUGAAGAUGAACUCUCACUGAAGGCGGGGGAGGUAGUGACAGGGGUGGUGACAGUAGAUGAGGAGUGGUAUCUGGGGGAUGCAGGAGGGAGGCGAGGCCUGGUCCCCAAAAACUACCUGACACUGCUUCCUGACAGCUACAAAUAGGACUAUGUACACUAUGUGAUUGAUAUAUACAUGA